AUGGAGAUUCCUUCUUCCUCCAUCUUCUCCCCCCGCCCCUCUGACGACACCGUUUUCUACGCCAUAUACCCCGACUUCCCCACCGCCACUACCACCGCUACGCUCCAUUCUCUCCACCUCCAAAUCCUCCAAACAAUAUCCCCCUUUACCGAUGACUACAUAUGGCAGCACCAACCCUUCACACUCUCCGUUUCCACUCCCCCCAACCCCUCCUGCCCCUGCUCCUCCUCCUCCCACCUUCCCCACCUCCACGGCCACCUCCGCUUCGGCGACAACCUCGACGACGAGUGGUUCGCCGUCUUUCUCCUCUUCCAAAUCUCCCUUCGCUUCCCCUCCCUCUCCCUCCGCGUCUGGGACUCUGACGGCGACUUCCUGCUCAUCGAGGCUGCUUUCCACCUCCCCCGCUGGCUCAACCCCGACACCUCCCACCAUCGCCUAUUCCUCCGCCACGGAAACCUACAUAUCGUCCCCCGCGAACGCCUCCCCCAACCUUCCCUCCUUGACUCCCUUGCCUUCGUCGCCAAUUCCGGCCACGAAUCCCUCGCCUCUGACGCAAUCCAGCGCUCCGUGAAGAAACGUAUCGAGGACUACCCCGAGCGCGCCAGGAGGAACAUGCACAGGGUAAGGGUUAGGGUUCCGGUGGCCGUGGCGCAGGUCCUGAAGCACGAGCCGCGGUUGAUUUCUCUCGCGGUGGAGGGGUUCUACGACAGGGAUGUAGACACGAUGAAAUUCGCCGCCAGGAUGGAGAGGUUCGCGGAGAGAGGGACAACGGAGGAGUUGGUCUGCAUUUCGGUGAAGAUGUCGAGGGCGAUGUACGCGCAGUUGGUGCAGCAGCGGUUUCAGGCUCCGAAGUGUUACCCGGCGAUGCCGGGUCGGGUUGAGAGGGAGGAGUUUGUGGAGGCAGAGCUGGGGAUGAAGAUAGCAUGUGGGUUGGAGAUGAUGUAUCAGCAGCGAAAGCGUGAUGGGGUGGAUGGCAAAGGGAGCACUUGGGAGGCGUUUAGGAAGAGCUUGGAGAACAGUGGUUACUUCCAAGGGCUGCUUCCUGGUUCCGCUGAGUAUCAGAGAUUGAUGCAGAGUGCUCAAGAGUAUUAUAGGAACACUUUUCUGCAUUCCCAGACCAGUGAGUUGAUGAAUGCUCCUGUUAGACGCAUAGAUGAAAUUCUGGCUCUGCCUCACUCAGUUGACUAUUUUAAGGAUCAGGAGCUUCCUCCAUCUGAUGAUGAUUCCUGGCUUUAUGAUGGAGAGGAAGAGUUGAACUCUGUUCUUAUCGAAAGACAAAAGGAGAUGGAAUUAUAUGACUUAAAACACAAAAAGAAAGGGAAAACAAAAGAGGAUCAAGAUAAUGGUCCGUCAUCUGCUUUGAAAGCUGACGAAUUUGAUCCUGGUGAUAUAGCAAAGACCAUGCAGGCAUUUGUCCAUAAGUUGUCAAGUUACAAGGGUGCUGAAGCUCCUGAAGACAGGAAUAAGGAAGUGGACCUUGACGUGGACCAGUUUAUUAAAGACAUGGAAUCAAUAAUGAAGCAUUCAGACAGUGAAGUUCCCAACAGUAAUAUUGAAGAAGGAUCAUCGUCUGAUCCAGACUUUGAUGAUUCUGAGAGUGAUGAGGGUGAACUAGUGGAGGAUGAUGAUGAUAAUGGAGAGGAUACUUUCAUGCGGUCCUAUUCUGAUGCUAUGAAUGAAGAACUAAAGGCAACCACCCUUCAGAAAAGUUUUGUUCGUGCUAAUGGACAGAUUCCAAAGGAUCAGGGAACGUCAAAUGCAUCAGAACAUAUUAUGGACGAGGAUUUUUCUCCAGUAGAUGUGGAUGUAAAUUUAGUAAAAAGCUUUCUUCAUUCCUUUUCUUCCCAACAAGGCCUUCCUGGUCCGGCUUCUAAUUUGCUAGGCCUCAUGGGGGUGCAGUUACCACAAGAUACCAAGAAGGGAAAUUAA